AUGCGGAGAUGGCCGCCUCGCAUACCGGUCCCGGCUGCCGUCGCACGCCGCCGCGCCGCCGCCGGCGCCACAUCAACGGCUGCGGACUCCACCGACGACCUUAUCCGCCAACACAACCGCUCCAUCGCAGCGCUCCUCCGCCGCGGCCGCUUCGCCGCCGCUCGGCGCCUCUUCGACGCGCUCCCGGCCCGCUCCGUCGUCACCUGGAACUCGCUCCUCGCGGCGCUCUCUCGCCGCGGCGACGUACUCGCGGCGCGCUCCUUCUUCGACUCCAUGCCAGUGCUGGACGCCUUCUCGUGGAACACGCUCCUCGCCGCGUACGCGCGGUCUCCGCACCCGGACCACCUCGCGGCCGCGCGCCGCCUGUUCGAUGAAAUGCCCCAGCGCGACGCCGUCACGUGGAACACACUUCUCGGCGCCUACGCGCGCCGCGGGCUCAUGGACGAAGCCCAGAGUCUGUUCAACGAUAUGCCGCAGAGGAACACGACUUCUUGGAACACAAUGGUCACUGGGUUCUUUGCUGUUGGCCAAGCGAAGAAGGCACUGGACGUGUUUGAGGCAAUGCCUGUCAAGGACUCUGCGUCGCUGUCUGCUAUGGUCUCUGGCUUUAUCAGGAAUGGCUGGUUGCGUGAGGCUGAUGUGCUUUUGACAAAGCACCUGAGGGCAACGGACAUGGACAAGGCUGUUGAUGCUUACAGCACCCUGAUUGCUGCUUAUGGACAAGCCGGGAGGGUUGCCGAUGCAAGAAGGUUGUUUGAUAUGAUUCCAAAAGAACAGAGCCAGCACAAGGGGCAUAAGAGGAGGGUGUUUGAGAGGAAUGUUGUUUCAUGGAACUCGAUGAUGAUGUGCUAUAUCAGAACUGGAGAUGUUUGCUCAGCCAGGGCAUUGUUUGAUGAGAUGCCAGGUAAGGACUUGGUGUCAUGGAACACAAUGAUUGCAGGGUACACUCAAGCCUCGGACAUGGAGGAGGCAGAGAAGCUGUUUUGGGAAGUGCCAGAGCCUGAUGCAGUGACCUGGAAUUUGAUGAUGCGGGGGUUUACACAAAAGGGGGAUGUGGAACAUGCUCGGGGAUUCUUCGAUGUGAUGCCAGAGCGUAGCACAAUCACGUGGAAUACAAUGAUAUCAGGUUAUGAGCAAAACAAGGAUUAUGAUGGUACAAUCAAGCUAUUUCAAAGGAUGCUAGAAGCUGGUGAGAGGCCUAACCAUCACACUUUGUCUUCAGUUCUAGCAGCAUGUGCAUCACUUGCUACGUUGCGCCUUGGGGCUCAGCUCCACCAACUCAUUGAGAAGUCAUUUCUGCCAGAUACCGCAAUCUGCAAUGCACUUAUAACAAUGUACUCCAGAUGUGGUGAACUAACCAAUGCGAAAGCCAUCUUCAGCCAGAUGCAUACACAAAAAGAUUUAGUUUCUUGGAAUGCGCUGAUAGGAGGUUAUGAGCAUCAUGGUCAUGCUAUAGAAGCCUUGCAGCUGUUCAAGGAGAUGAGGGGUGCCAAGGGUUGA